AUGAAGAGACCAGCAAGUGCUGGUGCUAGCUCUUCCUGGAAGGAUGGACUUGCAUCAGCCUCCAGCCCCCCUCGUGACCUUGGAGCUGACCUUGGAGGAGAAGAGCCUGAAGAGGAAGCCGUCCUCGAGUUCGACCCCGAGAUCGAAGUGGCAGCCGCAGGAAACCAAGGGCAGGCGCAGCUGCGAGACAGGGUGAAGAUGCAGAAGUUCUUGGGUAUGCUGUCAGCCAACCAGCUUCCCAAAUUCCUGCAGAAAGCCUGGGAGGAGUCCCAGACUAAGAAGCAUGGAAAGCGGGAGCGACAGACGCUCAUUGUGAAUUCGCUCUUUGCGCGAUCGGAGCAAGGGCGCCUUGUGAUGGACCUGGAGAAGCCGAUCUUCAAAGCCAUGGAGUCCAACUAUGUGGAGACAAGUAGUAAGGCAACUUCGAAAUCUUUGCCGAAGUUGUGCGUUGUGCAGACAGAUGACGGAGAGCAAUACAGCUGGCGACAGAACUCCCAGACUGUCAAAAGGGGAGAGAAGUCAGAGAUGGGAUGGGAAGCCAAGAGAGAAGGUGAAAGCAAGGACAUGGCCAAGUACAAGGCUGCAGCCCAGAGUGGGCAGGACUUGCCUUUGACACCUGAUCGCUGGGAGGUUGUCAAGAAGCAGAUUGGCCAAGCUUCAGGUGCGCUGGACAGGAUGGAGACAGAGGCCCUCAGGCAUCUCAAUAGCCUCACAGACCCUGACGACGACUUGUACGAUGUCUCGAAGGACGUGGUUCAGCAGAUCCGCAAGCUGAAGAAUCUCAUGAGCCAUGUGCUCACUUUCAAGCAGAUGGAAAAUGGCGAGAAGAUCACCAUGGAUGGCUACAACAGGUUGGUUUUCGAGUGUGGCUGCACUGUGGAGAAGUUGGAUGAAAAGCUUGCAGGUGUCAAGGGACAGCUGAGCAAGCGAGCCAAAAGGUCUGCCUGA